UAAUUUUAUUAUCAUUGAUUCACAGUUUCUUUCAGUUCAUCCCAUCACAAUGCACUCCUCGCUUCGAUGGCUCUUGGUGGCCACCAUCGUUUUUCGCGCAAGCCAUCUCACCCACGCUGAAAUCUUCAGUUCCAAAUAUGUUACCAAAGACAUCGCUCAGGACAUAAGCAAUGGUUUGAACAACCUGGCCCACGACUUAUUGGUACAGCUGCAAAGCAACAACAGCAAAGCGGAAAUCAUCUCUCCUCUAAGUAUCGGCUCUUCUAUGCUGCUUCUGCUGCGAACCGCCAGGGGCACCACACGGCAGGAACUGUUGCAGCUGAUGGGCUUGACCAAAUACCAAGAAAAUAAUCCUAAAAUACCGAGGAACUUUGCACAUCUGAUUAACGAGUUGCUUUUCGACGAUGCAACCGAAACAUCUGCGCUGGAUUAUAACGUGCCCUGGAAGUCUCAAAGUAAAUGCGAAGUCACCGACUACCAUUACGAUAGUGAAGAUUCUGAAUACGACUACGAUCGUUUCGAUAGUCUUCCAGAGGAUCCGUCCGUAAACAACGUGGUUAAGUUGGCAAAUGCCAUUUUUGUCCAGGAUGGAUUUUACAACAAUUCCAGGCUGCAUAGACUCGUUGAUAGAUAUUAUCGCAGCGAGGUGGAGUCUCUUGAUUUCCACAAUAAUCCCAGCGAAGCAAAGAAUCACAUCAACAAAUGGGCUGAAAAAAAUACGAAUGGACGCAUUCGAGAAAUUAUAUCCGACGACCUAAGCACAGAAACGACCAUGGUGGUAGCCAAUGCACUGUACUUCAAAGCAUUCUGGGAGGAUGUCUUUUUGGCUGGAGCAACGAAAAUGAGGAAAUUUUUCCCCAACGGAGAGAACGAAGAGUCGGUAGAGGCGGAAAUAAUGGCUCACGGGGGAUGCUUCCCGUACUUCAAAUCAUCGCAGCUAGACGCGAGAAUCAUGGGCUUCCCAUACAAGAAUCGCACUUCAACCAUGUACAUCAUUUUGCCAAACAGUUCAACUCGAGUCAAGCUGCAGCAGCUGAUGGAGCAACUGGAUGCUCCAACGUUGGACGGUUUGAUCUCGAACAUGACGAUGCAAACGGCAUCGGUUCUAUUCCCUAAGAUGCACCUUUCGACCUCUUUCGAGCUGAAAUCGGCCCUUCAAUCGCUGGGAACAAAGUCCAUGUUCAACCGCGGGCAGAGCAACUUUUCGUUGCUAAAUCCAGCGAAGACAAAUGCAACCAGGGAAAGCCUUAGCGUGUCCGGAGUGCUUCACAAGGUCGAUCUGGCCAUCGAUGAAUCCGGCACCGAGGGAGCCGCAGUGACGGCUACUCUGUUGGAUCGAUCAAUGCCGACGGUGAACUUCCGUGUGAUUGUACCGUUCCUGUUGGCAAUCCGGCAUGAUGCGACCAAGCUGUUGCUGUUCUAUGGCCCAGUCUAUGAUCCGACAGCGUGAGAAGAGUACUACAUUCCUUUUCAGGAGUAAGUGGCAGGAAGUUGUAAGCUUGUUAGUGUGUAAAGAAAUAUGCUUUUUCGCCAAUGUGAGA